CUAUUCGGCUUAGAAUCGUUUGCUCUGUAAUUGAUAAAAUUGUCUCAUUGACCGUGUUACUCACGUAAUAGCCCACAAAAUACAAACGCGAAAUCUGAGGAUUACGUCAUUCAUUAAAUUUUAAAAAGCGAAUCUCAAACCCAAGCCUCAAAAUUUGCGUAGUAAGAAAAAGAUUAGUGUCCAUUGUAAAACCCCAAAGUUUAUUGGUACUAUAUUGGUCUCGGUUUUGGAAAGACCUCACGCUGGAGAAGAGUUCCAAGCUCAGCAUUACUUUUCACCUUAUCUUUAACACUCGUCAAGUGAUCAACUGCAUACAAUAACAGUAAAUAUCGUCCGACACAGCAUGCAUUCCAAAUCUUACCGUAAAUGCAAUAAAUCAGUUUAUCAUAUAAUUCUAAAUUUCUCCUUGUCGAGAAACGGAAAAAGAAAUGCGAGUCAGAAAGCAUGCACCGGCCUAUCAUGACAUAUCUUCGGAAUCAGAACUUGCGGAGGUGGAGAUUGAAGAUGCACCUUUUGCCAUUUGUAGAUGUCGGUGAAUAGUUCUGGUCCCUUGCUCAUGGUGAUCAGAGAGCUGGAGAUAUGAGCAAGAGUUGUGAGAAAAUAGAGUUGUUGCGAGAGAGAAGGGGAAGACAAUCCACAAGGCAGAAGGGACUGUGGAUAGAAAAGUACAACUAUUGUAAAACUCUUACUAGCAAUCCACAAUUGUUUCGUGGUGUAGUUGGUUGUCACGUCAUUCUAACACAGAAGGUCUUCGGUUCGAACCGGGGCAAAGCCAUAUCAUUAAAAGAAAAAGUUCUACAGAAGAAUAUUGUAAUGCCCGACCGUUUACGGCUAAUGGGCCACCCAUGACCGCUCACUCGGUCUGUGACUCAUCCCAUCCGACAAACGGUGUAUUAAUUUUUGAAGGUUUGGAAUCAUUGUUUAUUGAUCCUGCAAUCACAAUAUGACUUUUUCCCGUGCUUUGACCUCACUUAUACGGUAUCGCAAAUCAUUUUUCAAUAGCUUACCCAAUCUUACACUACUCCAGUUCAAAUACGCUUAACCUUGGAAUUUUAAACGAAUGUGCGACGGAAAAGAUAAGUGUACUUUGGUGAUGUAGACAAAUCAAUUAUUUUUAAACUUUUUAUAUACCAUAAACCAAGACGUUACUAAUAUAGGCUUUGAGAUGACUCAUCUUUUUUCCCGGAAAGAAGCUUUAUUAGUAAAGUAUAAAAUAUUAACUCAAAAACUAUACAAAUUCAUUUCUUGUUUUAGGUUGUGAGUUCACUUGUCAGUUACUACCACUAUGAUUUGAUGGCUUAAGAGUAGGAGAACGCUGUUCAGAUCGGUGAAGUUGUUGUCGACAAAGAUCAAUAAUGUUUUGAGAAACUUCAUUAGUUAAAGUAUAAAAUAUUAACUCAAAAACUAUAAUCUCAUUUCUUGUUUUAGGCCGUGAGCUCACUUGCCAGUUACUACCACUAUGAUUUGAUGCUUAAGAGUAGGAAAAUACUGUUCAGAUUGGUGAAUUCGUUGUCGACCAAGAUCAACAAUGUUUUGAAAAACUUCGAUCCUAUUUGAAGAAAAUGAACUUCCAAGUGAAAAACUAGACGAUUUUCAUGUUAUUGCCAACAAUCCCGUCAAUUUGGUGGACUCUCAUGGACCAUAUAGUAAGUAGUUCGACGAAAGUGAUCACUGGUGGAUACAAUUACAUUAGCAGUCGAGAUACAUCUAUUCUCUUAAGAUAAAUAGUUAAAUAGGUGUCUAAAAUAUAAUAAAUGUAAUUAUGUUUUGUGCUAAAACAUAAAACAUCGUUUUUAAAUAUUUUUUUGAAAAUUUAACAAAAUAAGUUCUUUUUAAUCAAAAACAAAAUAACUUUUGAGUUAACAUAAUUAAAUAAGCUCACUUUAAUUUCAUGUAGAAAACACAUCUGUUAACAUAGCUAAAUAAGAUAACUUUUUAGUUAACAUAAUUAAAUAAGCUCACUUUUAUUUACUCUUACAUUUUUCCUCUAUUUUAUCUCACUCACUCACUUGCUCCCGGGACCUCUUUUAUCUCAAGUGUCCAUUUUACAUCAUUAUCAUCCCAUGUAACUGUCUCCACUUCUUUUCUAUGGGAUUCAAACUCAUCCGUUCUCUAUAUGUAUAUAUCUCUUUUUUCUAAAAUAUAAAGUUGUUCAUGAUAAUAGAAAAAAAGAGUGGAAAAUCUAGAAAACUUUUGAAAAGAAAUUGAUCACAUCUUAAAUUCCAGGGUCCAAAAACUGAAAUUUUGUUACUUAUAUUUGUUUAACAAGCCUAGCUAUAGGAUUUAAACGGCCGGUCCUGAAAAUUUGAGAGCCUUAGACUAUUUAGUAAAGAUUUCGAAAAUUUCCUUUUAGUUGCAGUCAGCAGAACAAAAUAGCAACUUACGAGCAAACAUUAUGAAUCAGUUCAAAAAAAAAAAAAAAAAAAAACUUACGAGCAAACAUAUCUAAUUAACCAAAAAAAGUGAGAGAGAGAAUGAAGUGGGUGAUCACAACCAAUGUAGUAGCCUGAGACUUAAGAAAGUCUCGUACCGUCUUUUUUAAGUCUCCACCAAAUACCCAUCCACUUCCACCAUAUGUAACAAACCACGUGUCCCAACUAGAGAUGCUAACCAAUGAAAAAACGGCAGCUUGGUUAUGACCCAACGCCACACAUGAUAAGUGAGAAGAUUCGCUAACUUGACCAAUGGCCAAGCCUUUAAACUAACUCCGAAGUUAUUGGCAACUCAAAAACUGCAUCAACAACACAUGUUGCAUUUUAUGCCUUCCUCAUUUUAUAUAAGUAAUACCAUAGAUGUGUUUAAAUUACUAUUAGAAUCAGGAUCGGCUUUGAAAUUUAAGAAGUUUUAAAUAUUUUAGUGUAAACUUUUUAAAAAAGUUAUAAUUUAAAAUUAUAAAAUAUAUACAUACUUUUAUUUAAAAAAAAUUGAGGGUCAAAUUUUAUAUUUCAUUGGGUUAUAUGCCCAGAGUCAGUUCUACGUAAAAUAUAAUAACAAAAGAAAAACUGAAAACAAAAUUUGUGUCAAAAACUAGCAACUAACAUCAUAAGAAAUAUAUAAAGCAUUAUUAGAUCGAUCCAACAAAAAGGUAUUAUCUAAUAAGUCAGUUCUACAAAGUCAGUUAUUCUUGUGAUUAUCUAAUAAGAACGAUCCAAGACAAAGGUAUUAGUGUAAAAUAUAUUUAGUGUUACUAAAUAUUAUCUUUUGAAAUCUGUGAUUGUCCUUUUUUCUUUGAUUCAUAUAAAUUUUGCGACUAGAAAAUGUGGAUAAAUUGAAUUAGAUGAUCAGAUCAUGAUUUGGACUGCUACCUAUCGCCAAAAUUAGCACAGCUUUGAUAAGUACUUUAGUAUUCCAUCUUUGUGAAUGUGUAACCUUUUUCGACUUUUCAAUAAAGUUUGAUGUUAGACUCUAAUACAUAUAUAGUUACAUGAUUUUUCCCCACCGCACGUCAUUUUAAAAUAGGCAUUCGUAGAUUACACAUUAUAAUAUAAUAAGCUGUUGCUAUUGAAAAGAUGUUAUUUUCUAAGUCUUUGAUGUAACUAAUCAGUUUGGAGUUUCAAUGUACUUAUAUGUUUAGCUCGAUCUAACAUGGUUUUAGAUUUCAGUUUUUUGUACUUUUUUUUGUAUGUAGGGAAUAUAAUUAGUUCAAUUAUAAAUAAUUAUCUUAAAGAUAAAAACAGGAUGAGAUAUAAAUGGAUAUGGAAGAAGCAUCACUUGAUCACUUAGAGCCCACGUUCCCACUCUUAAUCACCUAAAAAUUAUAACAAAGACGUGCUCUCACAUCUCAUCUCACUCCCUCACCAGCUCACUCACUCUCUCUAUCUUCUUUUUAUAAAACAAAUCUCCCUCUCUAUCAUCAAUUAAUCAAAGGCGAUCAUAUGGCUCUCGACACUCUCAAUUCUCCGAACUCCACCACCACCGCUCCCUCUCCAUUCCUAACCGAGCCGGAGAAUCUUGAGCCGUGGACCAAAAGAAAACGCACAAAACGACACCGUAUAGAUGAUAAAUCCAAUCCUCCUUCCGAAGAAGAGUAUCUUGCUCUCUGCCUCCUCAUGCUUGCUCGUGGCUCCUCCGAUGAUGAUCAUCACUCUUCUCCUCCUCCUCCACCGUCUGAUCACCACCAUCGAGACUACAAGUGCUCAGUCUGUGGCAAAUCUUUCCCGUCUUACCAAGCGUUAGGUGGACACAAAACCAGUCACCGGAAACCGGUUAGUAAUAAUAAUAAUAACCACGACGAUAAUAAUAACAGUGGUAACGGUUCCAUUACUAAUAACGGAAAUAUUAGUAACGGUUUGAUUGGUCAAAGUGGAAAGACUCAUAAGUGCUCCAUCUGUUUUAAGUCGUUUCCAUCUGGUCAAGCGUUGGGCGGUCACAAACGGUGUCAUUACGACGGUGGUAACAGUAAUAGCAACAUUAACGGGAACGGUAGUAACAGCCACGGGUUUGACCUGAACUUACCGGCCGAUCAAGUAUUUGAAGUUUCUUGCGAUGAGACACUGGGGAAAAGUCAACUCUCCGGUGAAGAAACAAAGUCGCCGUUGUGAUAUUUUUUAAUUUUUAUUUUACCGAUCAGCUUGCUAGUGAUCGAUCAUUAGCUGAUGAGCCUGUAAUGAAAAUGAUUGGAGUGGACUUUGGAUUAUUUUUAUUUUCUUUUUUUACGUAAACAAAAAGAAAAAUAUUGUUUAAAGAAAGUAAAAAAAAACGAGGAAAUAUUAAAUCUUAUAUUUUACUCUUA